GGAGCGGUGCCGGAAGUGCUUGGGGAGGGCCGCGCAGUCGGACCGGCUGCUGAGACGAAAGCUUCACUGGGGCAGUCUCCGCAUAUCAUGGGGAGAUAGACGCUGCUGCCUCUGUGAUGGUUCAUAUAUGAUUGGCCCAGGGAGUGACCCUAUUAGGAGGUGUGGCCUUGUUGGAAUAGGUGUGUCACUGUGGAUGUGGGCUUAAGACCCUCACCCUAGUCUUCCUAGUGGAAGUCAGUAUUCCACUAGCAGCCUUCAGAUGAAGAUGUAGAACUCUCAGCUCCUCCUGCACCAUGCCUGCCUGGAUGCUGCCAUGUUUCUGCCUUGAUGACAAUGGACUGAACCUCUGAGCCUUUGAUUGGCCUUGGUCCUCACAGCUCUAAAAAGAAGCAGGAUCUUGAUAAGCUCUAUGAGCUGAAGUCUAAAGCACUGCAGAUUAUGAACCAGUUUGGCCCCUCAGCGCUAAUCAACCUCUCCAGUUUCUCAUCUAUAAAACCAGAGCCAGCCAGCACCCCGCCACAAGGCUCCAUGGCCAAUAGCACCACGGUGGGGAAGAUAGCAGGCACUCCCGGGACAGGUGGUCGUCUCAGCCCAGAAAACAACCAGGUAUUGACCAAGAAGAAAUUACAAGACCUAGUAAGAGAAGUGGAUCCUAAUGAGCAGCUGGAUGAAGAUGUGGAAGAGAUGCUGCUACAGAUCGCUGAUGAUUUUAUUGAGAGUGUGGUGACAGCUGCCUGCCAGCUCGCUCGACACCGCAAGUCCAGCACACUGGAGGUGAAAGAUGUCCAGCUACAUUUAGAGCGCCAGUGGAACAUGUGGAUCCCUGGAUUUGGCUCUGAGGAAAUCCGACCCUACAAAAAAGCUUGUACCACAGAAGCUCACAAACAGAGAAUGGCAUUGAUCCGGAAAACAACCAAGAAAUAACACAGGGAACGGUCAGGGAAUGGACGACAUGUAUGUGGAGAUACUUGAGCUGAGACCUCAGCCAUCUCAUCCUUGGAUUUUUUUUUAAAUGCUUUACAGAGAAGCAUAUAUUUUUUAUUAACAGUGCAGCAAUAUCUAUAAUGACUGAGAAGAUCUGCCAAAAGAAUAAAGCCUCCUACCCCACCUUCUGGUCCCUUUUCCCUGCCGUCUAAAGAGAAGCAGCGUUACCUACUGGAGAAGAUUUUGCCUGUGCUUUAUUAUAUAAGUGAUUGGCCGUAGGAAGAGCAUUUUGGUCGUGUUGGGUGAGACAGUGUUAGCAGGUUUGUAGAGGGUUUGUCUCCUCCUUCCCCUGUCCCUGUACUUUGUAAUGUCAGUGUUUAUAUGAAUAUGAACUUGAUUUGCUUUUCCAGAAUAAAGGAGUUAUUAAUUGAAGACACAGGGUGCAUAGCUGAGAGCCUUUGAAAUGCCAGGGUCCCGGCAAGGCUGGGAGCACUGCAAUCAGCAGGGGGCAGCACAGGCAGAGAUGGGGUGAGAGAAAGCGGCAGGGAUUCCCCACUGUUCUACUCCAAAGGAACAAGCUAGCAGUAGGAGUCGGAGCACUCUCUGCCACCAGACACGGUGAACUCUGCGAAGCCCCAAAAUAAACAAGCAUUCUAGUUUUGAUAAUGUUAGCGUCCCUAGGACCUUUUUGUGUGUGUGUGUGCAUGUAUGUGUGUGUGUGCUUUGAGGCAAGCUCUCGGGUAGGCCAGGCUAGCUUCAAACUUGAUAUCUUGCUGAGGCUAUCCUUGAACUGACCCUCUCGGUGAGCUGAGACCGCAGGUGUGCAUCAUCACGUCUGGCUUUUUGGAGCCCCUAUGGACCUCUCUGUAUCUCCGGAGAAGAUUGUGUUCAUCCUUGUCCCUGAGGAAGGAUGUGACUGACUUGGGGAAGUCCCGUUGCUGGGAUUCUGUCAUCGGAGGAAAGCAGGCCCUGUGGCAACAGCAGGAUCUUCUUCCCAGUCAUCAUCCUGACCACGCCUAGCACAAGCCUUGUGGAUCGUCAGGGCUAUGGGCUUAGGGGAAGGUGGCUGCUCUACCCAGGGGCUGCAGCACAGCCACACCUACCUUUGUCCCUACGUUGGUCAUCUUCCUCCUGAGGCUUGGUCCAAGACAUGACACAGUUCACAGGUCUGAGGAGUUCAAAGGCCAUACUGAUGUUGCCAUUUUCUUGGCUGAGGUUUGAGCCUGGAGAGUCUGCAAGGGGACAACCACCUUCUUCACGGGUCACACCUGACUCUGAGCUUCUGGAUCUGCAGCCCAGCUUCAGGAUGAGGAUGUUGGAGGGUCUAAACUUUCUCUAUGGUGACAUCAGACAGCAGAAAGGUCCCACUGAGUCCCGAUAGGAACAAGUAACUGAUGCCAGCAGCCAAGAAGGAAUCUGGAAUGACUCUUGAGUCCUCUUUGCAGGACAGAAAGGGACAAGGGAAUUGGGGAAGUACAAUGGACAGAGGGACUCACAGGAGUCUCGUUCAGCUGUGUGACAGGUAGGUGGCUUCCUCUGUCUCAGUCUUACUGUCUUGUCAGCACACUGAAGGGCUGUUCAUGUCUCUGUAAGCUGUGCCCAUGCCUCCAGUAGGCAGGAGCCAUAAUAAAAGGAAGAAAGGGGCGGACAGUCCUCAGAUGCAGUGUGUGCCUUCAUUCUGGCAUCUCAGGCAUUGGAGCCCUUGGUUCGGGGAGCUGUGUCGGCAGCAUGCUAUUCUUGGCUUCCCACCCAAUUCACUUGAACAGUGUCUUUGGUUUUUUAAGGUAGGGUUUCUCUAUGUAGCUCUGGCUAUUCUAGAACUUACUCUGUAGACCAGGUUGGCCUAGAACUCAGAGAUCUGCCUACUCUGCCUCUUAAGUGCUGGAGCUAAAAGUGUGCGCCAGCACUGCCUGGCUGAGCAGUGUCUUAACUGCUGAGACGUGGGAAAGAUUGCAUUAGACAGGAUGAUAUGGCCCAUUCUGCUUCUCUGCAGAAUGUGUGUGCAUGUAUGUGUGUGCUUGUAUAUGUGUACGCAUGCUUGAGCAUGUGUGUGUGUGUGUCUGUCUGCUCGCAUGCUCAUGUGUACUCACAGAUGCAUGUUCACAUGUAUAUGUGGAGGCCACAGAAAAACCUCAGGUGUCAUCCUCAGGAAUGUCAUCUCCCUACUUUGGGACUGGUUCUCUCUUUUGGACUCAAACCUACCAAUUAGGCUAGACUGGCUAUCCAAGGAUUCUCCUGUCUACACUUCCCCACUACUGGGAUUACAAGUGUGUACUACCAGACCCAGCAUCUCUAUGUAGGUUCUGGGCAUCAAACUCAGGUCCUCUUGCUUUUAGGACAAGCAUCUAGCUAUCUCCCAAGCCCUGGUUACCGGCUUGAUUGUUUAGUUGUCGUUGUCUUGAAGAAAACAGAUUUAUAGAAUACACUGCAAGGAACAGCAGGCUGAAUACUAUCUAGCAUGCCACCAGCCUUGUUUCCGUUUUUUUGAGACAGGAUCUGUAGCCUAGGUUAAUGUUGAAUUUGUUAUGUGUCUAAGAUCCAGCUGCCUCCAUGCCCAAGUGCUGGGAUGAGAGGUGUGUACUACCAACCUUGCAGGCUGUCACCAUCCCACACAGAGCAGCUGUGACUACCUGCAGUUGUCCCCAAGAUCAGGUCUGCCAGCGUUUCUCAUAGAAGGAGGGGGGUGAGAAGGGUCACUGGACCCUCAUCAAGGAUUCUAACCUGCCUCCUCACAAGCCGCCUGCUACUCUGCUCUAGCCACAUGUGGUCCUGGGGAGUGCUGGAAGGGCAGCCAAAGGGAAAACUCCACCUCUGCUGUUUGGGAGAGGUUGCCACCAUGCUGGGGUGGGACUUUUCAGUGAUGCAGCUAUUUGGUGGUCACCCGUGUCCUGUAAGCCAAAUAAACUCAUUGGUUCACCAA